AUGGUAAACCCCACUUCCCGGAACCAUUGUCAGGGACAACACCAUGCCAGCGAGUCCUUUUCACCCGUCCCGUACACAGGGCGUCUUCCCGCCCUGCUUACCCCUUGUGCACCUGAAGAGGGUGGCGAUGAGUUCCUGUGUUUCGAGUGCGGGAAAUGCUUCAAUAAACAGACAAGCCUCGACAGGCACAGGCAGCUCAUGCACAUAUGGGAGAAGCCCCACGCCUGCUCCGAAUGCGACAAAUGCUUUAAACAUAAGAUCUCCCUCGUCCGGCAUCAGCGGAUCCACAACAACGAGAAUAAGUUCUCGUGCCCGUUGUGCAUGAGGUGCUUCGCCCAGAAAUCGCACCUGGUGGAGCACGAAAGGCAGCACACGGGGGAGAAGCCCUACGCGUGUACGGAGUGCGGGAAGCGGUUUGCCGUGAAGAGGGCGCUGGUCAGCCACGAGUCGACCCACUCGGGCCAGAAGCAGUUCCGAUGUCCAGAGUGCGGGAAGUGUUUCACCCGGAGAUCCUACCUGUUCACCCAUCAGCGGAUUCACCUGAGGGAUUAUGUGGUUUGA